AUGGCGACGUCGUUUAGUUCGAGGUUCCGUCGCGGCGGCGGCGCUGCUUCUACUAAAGGCGGCAGAGAUGAGCGUGUAGGUGAAAUGUUGAGCGACAGCUCAGAUGAUGGCUCCCCUCUGGGUGGGGACGUGCGGCGCAAUGCAGCGAACAAGCCGACACCCAGUCGCUCAAACGACAGCUCCCUACGAUCUUCAAGUGCAUCUGAAGGUGAUGUGAGCAAGAAAAGACACGAUGAACCGCCCAAAAAGCUGGAGAAACCUGAGAAGAAGACGAUUGGGUCGCUCGCCAGGAGCCAGAGUAGUCGCACUGCAACAUCGAUGAAAAAACCUGCUGGGAGGAAAUGGUACAGUGACUCGGAUGAAGAGGAGGAGGAGAAGACGGCCAAGAAUAAGCCCGUGAAGGAAGAUAUUGUUAAGACGAGCGGCCGUGAGGAUUUGGAUCUGGACGCGUAUAUUGCAGGAUCUGUGGUGGAUCCACCUGGAAGGAAAAAGAAUAAAUCUCCUCCAGCUGCACGUCACGCUGCGAAGAAGAUGAACAUGCUGAAACUUAUGACAAAGACAAGAACGAUGUCUCCGUUUGGUAGCAAGAGAAAGGGAUAUGAGGCUGAAGCUCCGGAGCCGACCACCGCUAGUCCAGCGGCUGGGAAGGCUAAACGAGGCACAGCUUCUAGCUCGGAGCACUCAACGGCUGAACCUCCACCUGCCACUAAUACGGUUGCUGGGCGACCCACGGCGGUGCAGACGGGAGGCGCUGAGAUUGCCCCCACGAUCAUUGUGAACCGCCGCACAGACCGACUGAAGCACUCUGUCAACGGCUCCGAAUACAGUGGCUCUCCCAGACUUGCUGCUAGCAUCAGCGAUGAGGUCCUGAGUCCAGGUCUGCGGAAAGUACCCGGAGCGUUUGCUGGUAGACCUGGCAGUGGAGUAUUGCUAGAAGGAUGGCUACGACAGAAACAGCGUCGUGGAAUAAAGGGACUUAAGAAAUGGAACUCACGCUACUUCGUGCUGUACGCAAGAUCGAACGAGGUUCGGUACUACGCAGAUGUGGUCCAGUCUGCGUGGGGUCCCAUCCCGCUUGGUGAGAUCGGAUCAAUUUCGUUGCGGCUUAUUCAGCGCAUCGGGAAGCUUAGCCACCCAAAGUAUAAAGGUUGUCGCUUCGACAUCACAUGCCGCAAUAGCUGGGGAACGCACUAUGCUGACGACUACGUGUCCUCAGAUGAAGAGAACGCGAACAGUAACAACAACGUCAGCACCAACUCGAACAAUGAGAAGGCGACCGCUUCCACUCCUGCUAAACAAGAAAAGAGCGGCACUCCGAAGUCUUCUCGGGUCUAUAGCCUAGUAGCUGAUUCACCACAGGUCACGGUGGCAUGGGUGAAUAUGCUGGACUCGCUCUUAACGCGAAGUGCCAACAGCCCACGACCUGACGUCGACUCCCCAGUUGAAAAUCCCAGAGCGAAGAAGUCUCGAGCUGUUGCACGACAGCGACCAAGUGCUCUGGACACAGAGUCGUUGGUGCUCCUGGGACCUGGAGAACUUGUACCGAAAGCUAUCAUAUUUGCCAUCAACUUCAUCUUCGACUCGACGCCAGGGAUCGAGACCGAGAAGUUCUACGAAGUUGAGCCUGAUGCCAGUAAGCUAAAGGCUGCCCUCAAGUUUCUGAACGAGUUUGCGGGUGAGUCCGUGACCCGCAAACCAACGAAAGACGAGUUGGAAGAACUGCUGGAUACCAUUACCGCUGGUGCUGUCGUACGACUGUGGUUAAGCCAGCUCGAGCAGCCUCUGAUCCCAUUCACCAUGUACGACGACUUCGUAGCACUCGCGCGUGAGGCGCAGUCUACACCCUUCGACCUACGGCGGAAUCUCCGCGCAUUGCUCGAAGCUCUGCCCAAGAAGAAUCUUAUCAUGCUGGCUUGCCUGCUCUUCCACCUGAACGACGUCAACGUGUACUCGUCCAAGAACGGCAUGGACGCUGCAAGACUCGCUCAUCUCUUCGCCGAUUUCAUCCUGCGUCCUCAAAAGAAAUCACCACACGCUGGCAACUCCAACGAAGACGUCGCUGCUGUUUGUCGACUGGUGGAAGAGAUGAUCACCAACGUUGACACUUUCAUCGACGAGAAGGAAGCUCAACUUUUGGAGGACAACCGACUUUAA